GGCCGGUCGGCCCGGGUCCCGACACAACCCCGAGCCAGUCGACGCUGCCACCAGGACAGGCAAUCCGGACUUGAACACGCACGCACGCACACACACAUCGGCAUCUGCGGCAGCGGCACUGAAACCUUCUAUCCGCGCAGCACCGUUGUUCGCCGACGAGACCGUUGACGACCAAAGACACGUCCGCCGCUGCCAGCAUCGUCGACAACUUUUCGAGUGUACGCCGGGGUCUGUUCUUCGCCAGCAGCUCAACGACGGCCAUGAAGCACAUCGUGUUCCUCACAGCCUGCGUGCUCCUCUUUCUCGUCGCCACCAGUGCUGAGGAUCAGGACGACGAGGAAACUGAUCAAGACGACGAGGAAACUGUGGCAGACGAUAGCGGCCUGCGGGGCAGUGCCGGUGGCCUGGGCGCGGGUGGCAUGGGCGGCGGCGCCCUGGCUAGCGGUGGGCUGGAGAACCUGCUGUUGAACUACCUGAUGGCCAAGCAGAUGGCCCGUCAGAUGCAGCGCGAACAGGUGGACCAGCCCCCCGCCGUGCCAGACUUCCAGAGGAAAAGGAGCGGCUGGAAACAGUGCUCCUUCAAUGCAGUGUCCUGCUUCGGCCGACGCAAGUGAACGGCUUGACGGAACGGCGGCUGGUGAUGGAAGAUGACAAUGAAAAAAAACGUCGCAAUCAUCUCGGAGCCCUCCUAUCCUGAAUAACGGCGACGCCGAGCGAAGGCCGUCACCGAGCCAACGCACUUCGUCGGUGUCGCAAGCCGCGGACGUAAAACUGACACAUGCGCCGAAAUGGAGCCAUUGUCUUAGAAUGUUUCAUAUAUCGAGCUUGUUUUCUCAAGGGGGGAUUGGGAAGCAGCCGCUAGCUGAAACGAGAAAGAAUUUAUGGGCAUGUGUUUCUCCCACCACGUGAGCAUUAGUGUUUAUCAUGCGCGUGGUAUCUAAUCGUGAAGGUAUAAUUGAGAACUUCUGUUAUUCUUGUCUUCAACCUGUCCCCAGAAUACAUCGAGGUUCAAGCAAUACGACAACCAAAAGCGCAUGGGUUGGUUCCUAAAUCAUGAGCGAAACAGGCUGAAGUGCUUAUGCUUCCAAAAAUGCGUUUCUAUAGUGACGAAGCUUAUAAUUGGGAAAGGCGGGGACGGAGCAUUCCUUAGAACGAAUUCGUGUUUUCAGAGCUCGUCCUGCACAAGAUCGAAUGUUCCGGUCUUCAUCCAUACUUUGAUAGCUAUUCAAAUAUAUAUUUUUGCAAGUUA